CACUCGCAGCAGUUGUGUUACGCAACUCUUCACAGCUCUCUGCGAGUGCGAAGACGUUCUUUUCUGGGGAAUUUCAUACGGAAAGAAACAGAAGCGGCACCGCAGUCUGGCCCAUGUGAGAAUGAACUACGCCGAGGAAGCCUCUCCAGAUCACUUUAACCUGCAUUUGGUCUAAUUAAUGGCUGCAGGUCCCCUCGCCGUAUCGCUACCCGAUCCGGAGGGCUCCACCUGCAGGUCCCUGAGAGAGCUCCGGGUGUGCCUGGUGGACCAGCUGGAGGAUCACAUCGGCUCCCUCGUUGAACAGCUGCUCCUCCGGGACGUCUUCACCCGGGACGACCGCGAGGAUGUGCUCUGCCAGCCGGGACCCCGCGCCAGAGUGCGGAAGGUUCUGGACAUCCUGGACUGUAAGGGGGAGGAGGCCGCUAGCUCGUUCCUCUCCCUGUACAGGCGUCUGCAGGAGGCAGGGAGAGAGCCCGUUCGCCAGGCGCAGUCGGCCGGCUACCGUAAAGUGAUUGAAAAGCACAAACAGACUCUGAAACGCAGGAGUGAGUGUAUGCUCUUCUAUAACACUCGACACGGAGAGAAAAUCCUCUUCUCUGAACAUUAUGUCAACCUCUUGCUUGUGAAGGGACAUUGCAGCCUUGAAGUGAAAAAGCAUGAGAUUCUGGCCUUCGGGCAGCAGCGAAUUUCACUACAGCAGAAAGCACAGGAGCAGAGGGUGAUCAAACCGCAGCAGUUGUUUUCAGAUUUGACUCACAGUCAAGCGGCAAAAAAGAUCCUAGUUACGGGAGUGGCCGGCAUUGGCAAAACAGUCUUGGUCCAGAAAAUCCUGUGCGACUUUGGAAACAACCAGGGAUAUUUCAACUUUGACUUUGUCAUCCACCUGACCUUCAGGGACCUGAACUUGAUCACCAAACCCGUAAGCCUCAGAGAACUGGUUCUACGCAAGAAUCGGCACCUAGCUAAAGACUUGGACAGCGUAUUUGCCAACUAUGAGAAGCUGCUGAUUGUGCUGGACGGGUUUGAUGAGUUUAAACACUACAGGGCGUGCGAUACGGAGGAAUUUGUGACAGAAGAGGAUGAGGAGGGAGAGGUAGUGCAGAUCGUCAGCAGUCUAAUGCGAGGGGAGCUCCUUCCAGAGGCCUCUGUGCUCCUCACCAGCAGACCAACAGCCAUCGGCUACAUCCCUAUUGGCUGCAUUGACUGUUUUGCCCUCAUCACUGGCUUCUCUAUGGCUGAAAUCAAGGAUUUCUUCAUCAAGUACUUCCAGGAUGAAGGCCUGGCACUCAGGAUGUUCGAGGUGGUCAGGGCCAACGAGUUGAUGUUGACCUUGUGCUUCAUACCCGGCUUCUGCUACAUCGUGUGCAGCAUUCUGAGGGACAGUGACGGCUUCUCAACCAAGAGCCCCAAGACCAUGACCGAUAUCUACACACACUACCUGGUGGCAUUGCUCAGGUCCCACACUCAAAACAGAGCAGGAUCUCCGCAUGACCUCGGUAACGAAGAGGAAUGCCUGGAACAGCUAUCGGAUACCGUGCUCAACCUAGGCCGACUGGCCUACCAGAAGCUACUGGCCCAUGAUACCCUGUUCUACAGCUGCUCCCCUGAUGUGCGGCAGCUGGCUGGCAACAACCUCGUCAGCACCUUCCUCGACAAGACCACAGUCCAAGAGCCAGGCUGCAGUGAGGACGUGUACUCCUUCACGCACUUCACCAUCCAGGAGUUUUUUGCCGCCCUGUACUACGUGCUGGAGGACCACCCUUCCCCAGACAUCCUGGAGAGCGAGGUGGUCCUCGGGCGAGAGGUGAGCACGGGGUAUCUGGACCUGUUCCGGCGCUUUCUCUCCGGCCUCCUCUCCGAGCGGAACCAGCAACUGCUCUCCCGGCACGUGAGGAUGGGGAGGAGCCGCAAAGCGGACUCCUACCUGCCCUGGCUGCUCGGAGACAUCCGGAGCCUGUGUGAAAACGGGGCGUUCAUUCUGAACCACCUGCACUGCUUCUUUGAACAGCAGGACGUCUCCCUGGCCCUGGAGCUCAACCCCACAAGUCUGCGCAUUAACGUCAGCGAUGACAACCUGGCCCCCAUGGACUACGGAGUGAUCAAGUACUUUCUUAACCUAAAGUGUGGGGAUAUUCACGAGCUGGACCUGACUGGAACCAACGUAAGCACCAAGUCUCUGAUGGAUCUAAAGCCCUACCUGUUCAGGUGUCAGAAACUAUGGCUUGGAGAGAACAAUCUCGACACUGAAGCAAUGCAGAUUUUGGCUGAAGUACUACAGUCCACCCGUAAUAUGGUGCAACUUGGUCUAGGAUGGACAAACAUUGGUGAUGAGGAGUUUUUGGUUCUAGCUGAAGGCUUAAGAACAAAUGAAGUACUGCAGGGGCUAUGGCUUGAGGGAAACAACAUUACCUUCCGAGGCCUGUCAGCAGUGGCUGAUUUCAUUCCGUUUUCUGUGCGUAAAAUAAUUGUCAUUUGGAACAAUGUAAGUGAGGAGGAGGCUGAAAAACUCAACAACAGAGAGUGCGUCAUCGCAGACUUCUCAAACGACGACACGUGGAUAGGCUGGGGCGACUGGGUCCUUCAACGGUGCGAGGUCAGCAACAAUGAGAAGCUGGUGACUUUUCUGAACAAGGUCUGCAACAUUUCCAUUUACUGCAUGGAAAUCGGCUGGGUGGAGACAUUUUACAGUAAACUGACAGAGAUGAUCAGGACCAGGAUCGACGUGUGCAGUGAGGAUGACAUACGGCGAAAACUGGUGAAGUUUCUGGACAUCUUGACUGUGUGAUUUUCCGUCUUCAGUACCAGGGCCACAGAUACGGGGACAACUGGGACAAUUUGUCGCAGAUCUAGGCCCUGAUAUGGUGCGUCUUUCAGAAUAUGAGAAUUCACAGCUGUUCAGUAUACCGCUGUUCCGCUGCAUCUCAUCGCAACAGGCUAAGACGCAGCGGACUUGCGGUUGCAGUUCGCUGCAGUUGCACACCGGGGACCGGGGUUCGAUUCCCGGUCCUGCCAAAAAGCCAAGUUUGGCCGGCUCAUGUGGAGCAGCAUAAUUGGCUUGCUGCUCCAGAGGGAGGGACUUGGCAGGGUAAGUAGAUCGCCGCACAAUAAAGCACCUCAGGCGCCUCGGGAUCAUGGUCACGGGCAUGAGACGAGACGACUUGAAGAAGGCGUGUCGCUCUCUUUCGGGCCGCUGAGGAACGGGGUGUGGGCGGUGUAUCUAAUACUAACUCUAAUUGGAUCAGACGGGACACAAUUGGCUCCCAAAUUGGGAGAAAAAGGGAAAAAUCUGAUUUUUUUUUUUUUAAGUAUGUGUGUUACUUACUGUGGCACUGGUAGAAGAGAAAUGUAUGAAAAAAUAACUGCAACAUUGUGUGCACAUUAGUAAUAAUAAUUUUGUAAAGAAAUUUAUUUAAUCGAUGAACAUGUAAAUACUACUAUCAAGGUCUCAACUGUUUCUCCACCUUUUGCAUGUGAAAGUGGGAAAUACAAUACAUUAUUGGUGUCAAAAAUAUACUUAAAAAAUAACCGAAAAGUC